AUGUUUAAGAAAAGGUUUGUAGGUAAUGUGAAGAACAGGAAAAAAACAGAAGACAUAAAAGAUGGCGAAGAUAAAGAAAAGCAAGAAGAAGAAGAAAAAAAAACAAAUGAAGAAAAUACAAAGAAAGAGAAUGAUAAUUCAAAUGAUUCUUCUUUAAUGGACGCAAAUGAUAUGUUUAAUAAAAAAAAAAGAGUAUUAGAAGAAGAUCAUGAAAUUAGUGAUGAUGAUGUGGUAUGUAAAUAUUUUUUUAAGAAGAAAUUAAAAAAAAUGAAUGAAGAGAAUUCAUUACUUUUAAGAAAAAAACAAAAUAAAUUAAUACAUUGCAAAAGUGAAGAUAUUACCCAAUCAAAUACAUUAACAGAAGAUAGAAUAUAUAAGGGUGAUUUUAGUGGCUCGAAAAAUUAUGGAUCAUAUGAAAUAGAUCAAGAUAUAAAGAAUGAUCAUAGAUCUAUAAUGGAAAGGAAUAUAAAAAUAGGUGAAGAAAUAUUAAAAGGAAACUUAAAAGAUAAUAUAUAUAGAGGAAAAGAUGCCCAUGAAAAAGCUAUAAUGAUUAAAAAAGAUAGUUUAGCAAAAAACAAAUAUACUGGGUUAUAUGGACCUGUACGUAGUAGUGGUUCCAAUGUUAGAGUUACUCUACGUAUUGAUUAUGAACCUUGUAUAUGUAAAGAUUAUAAAGAAACUGGAUAUUGUGGUUUUGGUGAUACAUGUAUUUAUUUACAUGAUCGAAGUGAUUAUAAAAGUGGAUGGAAAAUCGAACAAGAAUAUGAACAAAAACGAAAAAGAGAUGAAGCAUUAAGAAAAGAAAAAAUGGAAAAAUGGAAUGAAAAGAUGUUAAAGAAAUUAAAAGAAAAAGAAGAAAGAUUAAAUAAUCAUCAUAAUAAUCUAAAUGAUAAUAAUAUAAAUAAUGAUCAAUAUUCUGAUGAACAUGAAAAUAAUUCAAAUCAAUCUAAUUUAUCUUCUUGUUCACAUAAUGAUAAUAAUUCAGACACAAAUUCAGUGGAUAGUGAUACUUCUCUUCCAUUUGCAUGUAUAAAAUGUAAAAAAAAAUGGAAAAUAGAAAUGAAUCCAAGUGUUACUGAAUGUAUGCAUUAUUUUUGUGAAAAAUGUUUUAUUGAUAUGUUUCAAAAAAAUAAAAAAUGUUUUAAGUGUGGUUUACAACUUAAUGGUAUUAUGAAUACGGCCCAAAAUAUUAUUGAUAUAUUAAAUAAGAGAAAAACAGUAAAAUGA